CCGAGCUCUUUCAGCGCGCGCUCCUCUCUCUCCUCAGAGUUUGAUCUUCACUCAGUGAAAUCUGCCCCUUCAUUCACUCGUGUUCUUGCCCUCAGAGGGAACGAACGUCCAUACAAGGGACGAAAUAAUGGCGCAGACGGAGAACUUUAAUUAACGCGUUAAUUUAAUCUCAAGGUUUAUUUUGUUUUAAACUGUCCUGUUUGACAGUUUGACACUUCGCGGAGCGGUGCGCGCGGCUGCACUAGAUGUUCCAUGGACAUUAAUCUGCUUUAUUUUUUAUUUUUUAUUUUAUUUAUUUUUUAACCAUUUUUAAGAGUCUUAAACAACAUUAAUUGAUAUGUGCUCUGCCGGUGAUAGGACUGUUUUUCUAUCAUGGUAAACGCAGAUAUUAAAUAACACGAUACUUGACACGAUAUUUGGAGUCAGAUUUCAUCCGAAAAGCGCAGAAAUGGAUCUUAUGGGAAUCUACCUGCUUCACCUCACCUUUGCCGCUUUGCAGGUAUUGCUGUCUGCAGGGAGAGACUGUCUAAUAGCUGGUGACACGUGUUCCAGUGAUGAAACCUGCAGCCCACGUCUCAGGACCCUGCGUCAGUGUGUGGCGGGUAACGGCAGCAUGAAACUUGGCCCUAGAGCCCGAAGUCAGUGUGCAAACGCAGUCUCUGCCCUGCUGUCCAGCCCUCUUCAUGGCUGCCAGUGCAGACGAGGCAUGAAAAGAGAAAAGAACUGUCUCAGCAUAUACUGGAGUCUACAUCAGUCUGGCAUGCAUGGUCUAAACCUGGUUGAGAACUAUCCAUAUGAAACAGUGGAGAAAGGGUAUGACUAUGUCCGUCUGGCCUCCAUCACUGCCGAUUCCGAGGUUGGGAUGACAACAGUAAACCGUUGCCUGGAUGCAGCCAAAGCUUGUAACGUCGACGACGUGUGCCAGAAACUGCGCACCGAAUACGUGUCAACAUGCAUCAAGCCGUCCACCAAGUCGGGACUGUGCAAUCGGUCGAGGUGCAACAAGGCCUUACAGCGGUUCUUCGACCGGGUUCCACCAGAAUACACCCACGAGCUGCUGUUCUGCCCUUGUAGUGACAUGGCCUGCUCGGAGAGACGCCGGCAGACCAUUGUACCUGGCUGCUCUUAUGAGCAAGAAGAUAAACCCAGCUGCCUCUCCCAGAUGAGGAUCUGCAGGGCCGACUAUGUUUGCAGGUCCCGUUUGGCCCAGUUUCAGUACGACUGCCAGCCAGACGAGCAAUCUGCCACCAGCUGCACGCAGGGAAACUAUGCAGCAUGUCUUAUUGCCUAUACUGGACUGAUAGGCAACCCAAUUACCCCAAACUAUGUGGAUAACUCCACAUCCAACGUGGCUCCCUGGUGCUCAUGUUCUGCCAGUGGCAAUCUGAAAGAUCAGUGUACAGAGUUUCUGGACUAUUUCACAGACAACAUCUGCCUCAGAAACGCGCUCCAGACAUUUGGGAAUGAAAUGGACUUCAUGCCCACUCCCACCCAACCGGCACGGCUAAAUCCUGUGACGGACAGAGGGGCAUGGCGGACAACUCCUGUGUUUGUCACCAUGGAUACUGAACAGAACGUUCUCAGCCCAGCCAAACCCACACAGGACUUAAAGGUGAGGCUUUGGUCCGACUCCACUGCGUCCUUUGACACACACCAAAAUUCAGCUCAUGUUUUUGCUGCGGUAUCUCUGCUUGUCAGCAUUUGUGUGUUUCUAAACUUCUUACUCAGCUGCGAUCAGUAAGUGGAUCAAAGGACGUUUGGGACAUCUAUUCUGACAGGCCCAUGAUUUUGGACCAACUGCAACAUUUCUUCAGCUCCAGAGCUGGAGAAACCGGCCAUAAUGGCCUCAUUUCUCUGACAUUGAAGUCAUCGUGUUAUCUCUGUUUUUGUGGAAUUGCCUGUGAAACCUACGGAAGGGAAUUUGCAAAUCACUUUUGUAGAAAUGAAUGUGGUUAGUCGAACACAAAGGCCAGUG